GAUGGACAAAUUUUCCUACAGCAGAAAAAUGGAGAGCAGCAGAGAACGAACAGUUUGAAGCCGUCAGAAGUGAACUCCCUGUGCAGAGCCAUCUUCACGCCUGCUGCGUCUCCAUGACUGCGGCACAGACCAGCUGACCCCAUGGCCCAGAUCUCCAGCGGCAACGGCCACCUUCCGGGCUCGCCCGGCGUGAUGCGGCCCCGGGGGGUUGUGGGUAAGGAGGAGGCCCUGCGUAUGGAAGAGGAGGCCCUGGCCAAGCUGCAGCGCGACAAACGCCACCCGCUCCCCACCUCUGCGUCCUCCUCCUCGUCCCUGUCGUCCCUGUCCUCCAGCAGACCCUCCGCGAAGCCGGACGGCGCCGCGGGUCCCGCGGCCGUGGCGUCGGGUCGUCCGGAGAAGGACCUCAUCGUGUUCCCGGAGGCGGAGGCGAAGAAGCGCGGAGGCGAGAAGGACGCGCUCAAGAACAUCGACGUGAACAAGCUGACCAACGCGGAGCUGGAGAAGAUCCUGCUGGACACCACGUUCGACACCAACAUGAACAGCAAGGUGACGCGGCCCUCCUCGCUGCUCAACUGCAACCUGAGCGCCUCCUACCCCGGCGGGCACGCCUACAGCCCCGUGCCCUUCCAGCAGCACGUCGCCAGCUCCCCCUGGAGCUCCUCCGUCUCCAUCUCCUCCAUCUCCUCCACCUCGGCCCUCUCCACCCCCACGCACCCCCAGGCGGCCGUGUUCCCCUCCGCGCCCUUCCCCAAGCCCGCCUGCCCCUUCCAAAACGGCUUCACGCCGCCCAUGCCCGCCUACCUCCCCAUGCCCGGCUUCCAGCAGACGCCCUUCAUGCCCUUCACGGCCAUCCAGGCGCCCGUGGUCUUCCAGCCGCCCACCGUCUCCCCGGAGAUGGCCAAGCUCUUCGACAAGAUCACCAGCACCUCGGAGUACCUGAAGAACGAGCGCUCCUCCAGCAUGGAGAUGGACUCGGCCCCGCCCAAAUCCCUGGAGCCCGCGCCCCCUCCGGCGCCCGUGGACCCCCCCAGCAUCAGCCGCUUUGAGUGGCUGGACCUGGACCCUCUGACCAUGCGCAAGGCGGAGCAGGAGGAGGUGGCGGGGGCAGUGGCCCCCCCAGGCUCCUUGUGCCCCCCCAGGCCCGGGAGUGGUGGGGAGGGCAGCGCAGCUAGGGACCCCUGGGACGCCGUGCUGCUGGAUGAGCCAGAAGCUGGGGCCGCCAGCAGCAGUAGCAGCACACCUGACCAGGUGAAGGCCUCCACUGUUCGCCGGGCCUCGACGGGAACGGCCGUCACCAGAAGCCACUCCCUCAACAUCCCAGCGACCUCAUCCAAUCACCAUAACAACCAGCUCAAUAAGGGAAGUGCAAAAGUGCUCACCAAGUACCCCACCCUUCUGGACAAGGAGGCCCAGAACCUGGAAGUUGUAGCCUUCUGUGAAGACAUUGCAAUACUGAGGUCAACGUUCGUGCACAGUGACCUCUCGACAAACCCUGGCUACGUUCUGAGCCCGGUGAUUCCACAGAGGGACGCAGGCGGAGACAACAACAGCAGCGUGAAGGUCUCCAUAGAGAUCUCCGACUCCCAGCAGCCUGUCACUUUCACCUGUGAUGUGAGCUCUCCGGUGGAGCUGCUGAUCAUGCAGGCCCUGUGCUGGGUCCACGACGACCUCAACCAGGUGGACAUCAGCAGUUACGUGCUCAAGGUCUGCGGUCAGGAAGAGGUUCUGCAGAACAAGCACAGCCUGGGCAGCCAUGAGUACGUGCAGAACUGCAGGAAGUGGGAAGCCGAGAUUAAACUCCAGCUGCUGGCUCAGAUCACCAUGAGCCGAGACCUGGCCCGCACGGCAGAGGAUGACACAUCCUCCAUUGACCUGGAGAAGUAUAUGGGAAGCGUGGACCGGCCAUUCAAAGAGACCAUUACUCGACAGGGCCUGGCAGACUACCUGGAGGGCUACCACAAUCAAGUCAACAUCUUCCUUCAGAAUGAGAACACGCAGUACAAGGCGGUGGAGAGGGUGGUGCAGUCCGUGAAGAACCUGUGCUGCUCUCUGGACGAGGUGGAGACGCCGGCCAUCACCGAGGCGGUGAAGCGGCUCAAGCGGGCCGUGAACAUGCCCCGCACGCGCUCACCUGAGAAUGGCUCUAAAUCCUCUGGUGGCUCGGGCGAUGGCAAACGUGGUCCUGUGGAGGAGUGCACGGACGCCCUCUCGGACGCCCUCUACCAGCUGGUCAAGCUCUACCUGCGCUACUUCUGCCCCCCCUCAUUGACCCCCAGCGCGGACGCCCACAACGGCCGGCGGGACAGCCGCGAGGCCUCGGGCACCACCGAGCACCUCAAGUUCACCGUGUUCGCAGUUCACGGCGUCCCGGCCCCCUGGGUCAGCAGCUAUGAAAAAUACUACCUGAUGUGUGCCCUGACUCACAACACCAGGAAUCUCUUCAAGCCCGUGCAGUCCAAGAAAGUGGGGACCUACAAGAGCUUCUUCUACCACAUCAAGUGGGAUGAGCUGAUCAACUUCCCCAUGGCGGUGGCGCUGCUGCCCCUGGAGGCCGUGCUGAGCCUGAGCCUGUACGGAGUGCCCAGCCAGAGCUCCAGCGGCUCGCCUGACUCCAACAAGCAGCGCAAGGCCGCAGAGCUGCUCGGGAAGGUCUCCAUGCCACUGUUCGACUUCCAGAGGGUUCUGGCCCAUGGAACCAUGCUGCUGAACCUGUGUUCGUCCUCAGAGGAGUGUCUGUCAGGACCCGCGGGCCGUAGGAGGAACCUGGCUGAGAGGAUCAUCCUGCAGGUGGAUUUCCCCACUCCCGCAGUGGAUGUCCUGUAUGUGGGUCCUCAGGAGGCCGGCGGUGGCAAACCCUCCCAGCCACUAGAGGCGCUGGACUCGGACCUCCGCAGGAAGGUGGAGAAGCUCUGCUCCCGCGCAUCCACCUUUGGGUUGACGCGUGCGGAUCGGCAGAUUCUGUGGGACCAGCGGCACCACUGCCAGGACCUGGAGGGCUCUCUGCCCAAAGUGCUGGCUAGCGCCCCCAGCUGGGACUGGGGCAGCAUGGCGGAGAUCCACACCCUGCUGCACCACUGGCCCCCACUCAGCCCCGUAUCUGCACUGGAGCUGCUGGAUUCAAAGUUUGCUGAUACAGAAGUGCGCUCUGUGGCUGUGAGCUGGAUCGAGAGCAGCAGUGACGACGAGCUUGCGGACUAUCUGCCUCAGCUUGUGCAGGCUCUGAAGUUUGAGAGUCACCUGAAGAAUGCUCUGGUGAUGUUCCUGCUGUCUCGAGCUCAAGGGAACGUCAACAUUGCACACUAUCUUUAUUGGCUGCUAAGGGAUGCUGUCCAGGACCCAGCGUUCGGGCCGCGCUACGACCAGGUUCUGGGCGCGCUGCUGUGUCUGUGCGGUACCGGCCUGCGCUCGGAGCUGGACAAACAGACCCGGCUGGUCCGGCUGCUGGGCGAUCUGGCGGAGAAGGUCCGGCAAGGCAGCAGCUCCACCAGACAGGCCGUGCUGCAGGAGGGCCUGGAGAGGGUUCAGUCCUUCUUCCAGAGGCACAACUGCAGACUGCCGUUAAGCCCCAGCCUCGUGGCCAAGGAGCUCAACGUGAAGGCCUGCUCUUUCUUCAACUCCAAUGCUGUACCCCUGAAGGUCGCCCUGGUCAACGCCGACCCCCUUGGGGAGGAGCUUAACGUCAUGUUUAAGGUCGGUGAGGACUUGCGUCAGGACAUGCUGGCGCUGCAGAUGAUCCGCAUCAUGGACCGCAUCUGGCUGCAGGAGGGGCUGGACCUGCGCAUCGUCAACUUCAAGUGCAUCUCCACGGGCAAAGACAAAGGUAUGGUGGAGCUGGUCCCCUCCUCGGACACGCUGAGGAAGAUUCAGGUAGAGUACGGCGUGACCGGCUCCUUCAAGGACAAGCCCAUAGCAGAGUGGCUACGCAAGUACAACCCAGCGGAGGACGAGUACGAGAAGGCCUCAGAGAACUUCAUCUACUCGUGUGCGGGCUGCUGUGUGGCCACCUACCUGCUGGGCAUCUGCGAUCGCCAUAACGACAACAUCAUGCUGCGGACCACAGGCCACAUGUUCCACAUCGACUUUGGCAAGUUCCUGGGCCACGCACAGAUGAUCGGAAGCUUCAAAAGGGACCGCGCCCCGUUCGUGCUGACCUCUGACAUGGCCUACGUGAUCAACGGAGGGGAGAGGCCCACCAGCCGCUUCCAGCUGUUUGUGGACCUGUGCUGCCAGGCCUACAACCUGAUCCGCAAGCACUCCGGCCUCUUCCUCAACCUGCUCUCCCUGAUGAUGCAGUCUGGCCUGCCAGAGCUGACCGGGAACCAGGACCUGAAGUACGUGUAUGAUGCCCUGCAGCCGCAGACCACUGAGGCAGAGGCCACCAUCUUCUUCACCAGGUUGAUUGAGUCGAGUCUGGGGAGUGUGGCCACCAAGUUCAACUUCUUCAUCCAUAACCUGGCCCAGCUGCGCUUCUCUGGGCUGCCCUCCAACGACGAGCCCAUCCUGUCCUUCUCCCCGCGCAUCUACACGCUCAAGCAGGACGGCCGCAUCAGGGACGCCUCCAUCUUCUCCUUCCAGAAGAGAUACAACCCCGACAAGCACUACACGUACGUGGUGCGACUCCUCAGGGAGGGCCAGAGUGAACCUCAGUUUAUCUUCCGCACUUUCGACGAGUUCCAGGAGCUGCACAACAAGCUGACCAUCCUCUUCCCUCUGUGGAAGCUCCCAGGGUUUCCCAAUAAGAUGGUUCUGGGGCGCACACACAUCAAGGACGUGGCUGCCAAGAGGAAACGGGAGCUCAACAGCUACGUGCACAACCUGAUGCGGAGCUCCACCGAGGUCACACAGUGUGAUCUGGUCUACACAUUCUUCCACCCUAUUGCAAGGGACGACAGAACUGAGGGCUUGGGGUCUGUGCCCAAAGCACCAGAGCCACCUCCUCUGAGCCCCGUGUCAGGCCGUGUGGAGGGAGAGGUGAAACUCUCCGUGUCCUACAGAAACAGCACUCUCUUCAUCAUGGUCAUGCACAUUAAAGACCUGAUGUCAGAUGAGGGGGCAGACCCCAACCCCUAUGUGAAGACCUACUUGCUCCCAGACCCUCACAAAACCUCCAAGCGCAAAACCAAGAUUGCCAGGAAAACCAGGAAUCCCACGUUCAAUGAGAUGCUUGUGUACAGUAACCUCAGUAAAGAGACGCUGAGUCAGCGGGAGCUCCAACUGAGCGUGCUCAGUGGGGAGUCUCUGCGUGAGAACUGCUACCUGGGCGGAGUCACCCUCAGCCUCAAGGACUUUGACCUGAGCAAGGAGACUGUCAAGUGGUACAAGCUCACGGAGGUACCCUACUUCUGAACCAGUCGCAACGCAGCUGCAUAACAGCUAACCAGCCAACCAGCGGACAAUGGCAUUGGGGACUCAACAGCGCCCUCUAAGGGUCAAAUCAUCUCUCUCUCUCUCUCUCUGUCUCUCUCUGUCUCUCUCUCUCUCUCUCUCUCUCUCUCUCUCUCUCUCUCUCUCUCUCUCUCUCUCUCUCUCUCUCUCUCUCUCUCUCUCUCUCUCUCUCCCUUGCUCUCCUACUCGCAGACACUAAUCAUGAUUACCUCCUAGCAGGAGCACAGAGUUUUUUUUUUUUUUUUUUUUUUUUUAAAUCCCUCUAGUUUCUUACUACAGAGAAGAUGUAAUGUUUUGUACAUUUUUGACAUUAGAGGACCAAAAUGGAUGAGUACUUAUUAAAGAGUAUAUAUAUAUAUAAAUACAAAUAUAUAUUAAAAGAGCUGGGCGGGUGUGGGUAGUGAUUUUUACACUAUACUUUUUUACAUACACAUAUAGGAAACAUUAUCUUUUUCAGAGCUGACAAGAUUUCCUCUUUUUUCCCCUCCCCAUGAGGUCCUGACGUUGUGCCAAAAAGAACCGUAUCCAUUUCAUACCACUUGUCAAGGGGAACCAUCAUGGGUGCCUUGUUCCUCUUGUUAUAGUUCCCUCUCUCCUGUAGUUCUCAUCUGCUCUUUUUUUGCGCUAUAGGUUCUCAUUUGCUUUUCACAGUUCUCAUGAUUUAAAAAAAUGCUGUCGCCUUCCUCCAGUGAGAUGAGUGUUGACUCUUGAAGGGUCUUUUUUUUUAAAUGUCUUUCUUUCUCUCGUCUGUCUGUGACCUCGCUUUCUUCCUGCCCACCUUUCAGUCGUUUGUGAUGAGGAACACCUUCACUGUUAUUUUUAUGAACAUAAGGGAAUGCCACAUGUGGCUAUAAAUCGGAUGCCUGUUCUUUUGCAUGUAAAUCUGGGAUGAUGAGUUUAAGUGUGAAUGCUUUUUUAAAGCGGACAGAUUUUUUCAUCUUGCACAUCCCGAGUAGAAACAUAAUCAUGUUCUUUUAAUGACUGUAAAAAAAACCACCAUGCUGAGUUGAUGUUAACAUGGCCAGUUAUUUAUUCCUAAUUGGAUAUCUUUAUGUGGAAUGAAAAAGUGUGUUCUGUAAUCCUUUUUCCUAAAGCAAAUUAAACAUUUUUGAACAAAA